CUUUUCUUUUCAAUUACAGACAGCAUUUUGUGAACAACUAGUAGUAACACAGAAAGCGUUUGGUGGAGAGAUGCGCUACACGUUUAAGCCGGAUGACUGUAUGGUCAUCACCAUUCCUCUGGGAAACCUCAGGAACACCGGAGACGGUCACCUGAUGCCCGAGAAAUUCACCUGCGUCUUCAAAGAUGCUUACAAGGUCUUUCUUAAAGGACGGCCAAAGGAACUCGGGGCGGCUCAGCUCAGCAUCGGAGUGUUUGUCAUUUGCAUCGGCAGCCUCAUUACUCAUGAAUACGGUCCGUCCCAUCUAGUGUACACCCUACCUAGUGCCCUGUUCAUUGCAAGUGGGAUUCUGUCAUUUGCAGCUGGAAAUUCUCCAUUCAUGCCUGUGGUGAAGCUCUCCUUCAUAUUCAACAUUAUCAGCCUUUUCUGGUCAAUCUCUGCUAUAGUUCUCUGUUCAGAAAACAUGUUUGCGGGGCUGAAGGUGGUGAUCAUUGUCUUGUGUGCGCUGGAGUUGAUUCUGGCUCUGAUUCUGAUCUUCUGGGAGAGUAAAGCUGUGUGCCGAUCUCACUUCAACACUCUGCCAUUGAUCUCCAUCAAGCAAGAGGCUUGAUCAGACGAAUGAGAUCGAGGAUAAAUGACCCAUUUGUGAAUGAACUGUAAUGACAUCUAAAUUGAAUGUGUAUAUAAAUGCCUGUUUAAUGCUUUCUUCUGCAGUGUCAGGGUCAUGGGUUUGAAUAGAUCAAAUGUUUAGCAUGAAUGUACUGUAAAUUGCUGUAUAAACAUGUUUGCCAAAUGCAUAAAUGUAAAUGCGCCACAAGUUUUGCAUUUGCUCACUAUUAAAGUACUGAGUACUGUUUA